CGGAGCAGGCCGCUGGCAGCACCGCCCGCGCAGCCCAGGCCUCCGCCGGGUCCUCCGGGCCGCGAGGAGGGGCUAUUUUCGCGGCGCUGCUUGGGCGGGAGCACAUGUGUCCCGGUACCGAGCGAGGGUUCCCGCUCCAUGUUCGCGGAGCAGGGCCGGAACGAUGCAGCGGAGCCGCUGCCCCGGAGGGCCCGGGCCGGCCGGACCCCACGGAAGAGGCGGCUGCCCGGGACCGCUCGGGACGGUGAGGCGGCUCGGAAGCGGCCACGGAAGCGGAAGAAGGCCGGCGGGCCGCGGGCCGCGGCUGGGGAGCUCCCGGCCGGUCCCGACGAGCCCCGGCAGGCUGGGCAGCGGCCGGACACAGACGGCCCGGUUGAGCCGGCGGAGGAGCCCGGGAAGCCGGCGGGACUGAGCCGUAGGCAGCGGCGAAACCGGCAGAAGCGGCAGCGGCGGCAGGAGUCGCCGGCGGGGUCGGAUGGGGAGCGGGGCUCCGGGCCGGGCCCCCCGGACCCGCCGGGCCCCGCGGAGGCCCCGUCGGAGCCCCGCUCGGGCCGCUCGGCCGCGCUCCGCGCGCGGAUGGAGGAGCGGCUGCUCGGUGCCCGGUUCCGCUACCUGAACCAGCAGCUCUACACCGGCAGCAGCCGGGAUGCGGCGCGGCUCUUCCGCGACGACCCUGCCGCUUUCCACCUCUACCACCGGGGCUUCGAGCGGCAGGUGCGGCGCUGGCCCGAGCGCCCGGUGCAGCGCAUCGUGCGCUACCUGCGCCGCCGCCCCGCGUCACUGGUGGUGGCGGAUUUCGGCUGCGGGGACUGCACGCUGGCCGCCAGCAUCAAGAACCAGGUGCACUGCUUCGACCUGGUGCCGCUGAGCCCGCGGGUCACCGUCUGUGACAUGGCCAAGGUGCCGCUGGCGGCUGAGGCGGUGGACGUGGCCGUGUUCUGCCUGGCGCUGAUGGGUACCAACCUGCAGGAGAUCCUAGGGGAAGCCAACCGUGUGCUGAAGCUCGGGGGGACCCUGCUGGUGGCCGAGGUGGCCAGCCGCUUCGAGGACACCCGUGCCUUCCUGAGGGCCAUGACACAGCUGGGCUUCAAGACCGUCUCCAAGGACCUCUCCAGUUCCUAUUUCUACGUGUUGGAGUUCGCCAAGACGGGCCCGGCCCGGCCCGGCCCCGCUCCCGGGCUGCGCCUGCGGCCGUGUCUGUACAAGCGGCGGUGACCGGAGCGCCGGCACGGGGCGGGACAUUGGGGCGGGGCCGCGCCGGGAUGGGGCGGGGCCGCGGCGUCUGGCGCCGCCCCCCGCGCGUUAUCACCAAUAAAGUCGCUGCUUCCUCUGA